AGACAUAUUUUUCAUCUCGUCCUCCUCACAGGGAGCUCCAGAGAGCGUGAUCGAGCGCUGUCAGUACCUGCGGGUGGGGACGGGGAAGGUGACGUUGACCCCAGCGCUGAAGGACCAGCUGCUGUCCAAGAUCAGAGACUGGGGGACGGGCAGGGACACCCUGCGCUGCCUCGCCCUCGCCACCCACGACGUCCCGCCACGCAGAGAGGACAUGGACCUGGAGAACUCCAGCAAGUUUGUGGAGUAUGAGUUGGGUCUGACGUUCGUCGGCUGCGUCGGCAUGCUCGACCCGCCCAGGAAGGAGGUGAUCGGCUCGGUGAAGCUGUGCAGCGAGGCGGGCAUUCGUGUCAUCAUGAUCACCGGGGACAACAAGGGCACGGCCGUGGCCAUCUGCAGACGCAUCGGCAUCUUCGGCGAGGACGAGGACGUGAUGGGAAAGGCCUACACGGGCCGCGAGUUCGACGACCUCCCGCCCGAGGCGCAGAGAGAGGCCGUCAAACAGGCGCGAUGCUUCGCCCGCGUCGAGCCCGCUCACAAGUCCAAGAUCGUGGGAUACCUGCAGUCGUUCGAUGAGAUCACCGCCAUGGUGAGGAUGACGAUUCAGCCUUCACACUCGUCUCUGCUCCCUGCACGCAUUUCCUGUCAGUUCUUACUGCCUGAUGUGAGACCAGGAUCAGGUCCAGUCCGCUUUGAAGGGGGGGCAGAAAGAGACAUCAGUGGGUUAUAUGAGUUCAUCUAA